AUGGGUAAGGGAAUGAAGAAGCACCAAAAGCGCCUUAGCGCUCCCUCGCACUGGCUGCUGGACAAGCUGUCGGGUGUGUACGCACCCAAGGCGUCUCCGGGUCCGCACAAGUCGCGCGAGUGCCUGCCGCUCAUCAUCUUCCUGCGCAACCGGCUCAAGUACGCGCUCAACUACCGCGAGACCAAGGCGAUUCUGCUGCAGCGCCUGAUCAAGGUCGACCACAAGGUCCGCACCGACACGACGUACCCGACUGGCUUCAUGGACGUCAUCACGAUCGAGAAGACGGGCGAGAACUUCCGUCUGAUCUACGACACCAAGGGUCGCUUCACCGUGCACCGCAUCCAGGCUGAGGAGGCCGAGUACAAGCUGGGCAAGGUCCGGCGUGUGCAGCUGGGCCGCGGCGGCAUUCCAUUCUUGGUUACGCAUGAUGCGAGAACCAUCCGCUACCCUGACCCGCUCAUCAAGGUCAACGACACUGUCAAGAUCGACCUUGCCACCGGCAAGAUCACUGACUUUGUCAAGUUCGAUACCGGUGCCCUGGCUAUGAUCACCGGCGGUCGCAACAUGGGCCGUGUUGGUGUAAUCACCCACCGUGAACGUCACGAUGGUGGCUUCAACAUUGUCCACCUCAAGGACGCCAUUGACAACACGUUUGCCACCCGUGAGAGCAACGUCUUCGUCAUCGGCACGGAGAAGCCGUGGAUCUCCCUGCCCAAGGGCCGUGGUGUCAAGCUGACGAUCGCCGAGGAGCGUGACCGUCGGCGCGCUGCCCAGCACUAA